ACCAAAUCCUGAACGUCCUGGGAAGCAAAGCCAAUCAUCCAAAAUCCAUCACGUUCGCCGCGCCGAGGCUAAGCCAAGAUGACGACACUCAAGCCGGCCCCCCUCCCCGCGUCCUCCUCCAUCGCAUGCAGUUCGCGUGUAUGGCUUCGACGCGUGUAUGCGGUGGCGGUGCUCGGGAUCGGCACGUGCGUCGUCAUGUGGCUUAGUGUGCUGGGUCACUUUGGGUCCGUGUUCCGCGAGCUUCCGUCGUCAGAAUCCAUCGGUGUGCGCCUCGCGGCGAACGAGACACAUGUCUUCGUAUCUUCACAAUCGAACGGCACGAUACCCAAGCUAAUCCAUCAGUCGUGGAAGACGGCCAACCACAUCCCAAGCAAGUUUACGCCAUGGAUGCAAAGCUGGCGCGUCCACAACCCGACGUGGAGCUACAUGUUUUGGGACGACGCCGACAACCUUAACCUGUUCGAAACCCACUACCCCAAGUACGCGUCGGUGGCGCGCCAAGUGGGCAAAAUUCACUUGGCCGACAUGACUCGGUACGCGCUGCUGCAUCAUUACGGCGGCGUGUACGCGGACGGCGACUUUGAAUCGCUCAAACCAUUCGAUGACCUCAUGCACAUGGAUUUGUUUCUCAGCUUUGAGCCGCUGGUGCAUUCCGUGCUCCUUGAAGGCGCCACGUCACCCGUGCUGUGCAAUGCCAUCUUGGCGUCCAUUCCUGGCCAUCCGUUCUGGCUGGAAGUGCUAGACAACAUCUUGGCCACAUUUGAAGGCGGCGGCGACAACCGCGACCCCGUGUCCCUCACUGGCCCGCGCAUGGUACAUCGCUCCGUGCAGAAGUACUCGAGCCACCAACCGCCGCCAAGCCGAAGCAUCACGCUGCUAGACGAAGAGUACUUUUACCCCGAAGUCGCGUACUGGAACUUUGACAAUCUCAACCGCCGAUGUGAAAACGCCACCGACUUGGAGCUGCAACUGCCCAUCGUCCAGGAAGCAUGCGCGUCGCUCAAGCAGUUUCCCAAAGGGCGGUACACCAACAACACCCACGCCGUCCACCGGUGGCAGUGCACGUGGUGCCGCGGUGACGACACGUUGUUCUACGUUACUCUAAGAGACAUCUUUCCCGACAAGGUGAUUCUCCGGCCGAAAUUCUACCAGUUGAUUGGUUGAUCAAAUGAUGAAACGUAUCGAGUUAGUUAUGUGAACUCGGCGACGACACUGAGCGCCGGGUUUGAGUCGGUUCAAAAUGUAGUAGUAUUAG